UCCUCUCCCUCCCCGGCAGCCCCCGCGCGGCGCGUGCCCAAGAUGGCGGCGGCCGGGGGUGGCCGUGGGUCUAGUCCCGGUGCCGGGCCCGUGGCGGGCUCUGUCCCGGGCCGUACGGUGAUGGUGCGAGGGUUACCGGCCUCGGCCACUGCUGCAGACCUCGAGGAUCUCUUCGGGCGCUUCGGGCCCCUUCGCCGCUGCUUUGUGGUCACCGAGAAGGGCACCAAAACCUGCCGUGGCUUUGGCUACGUCACCUUCUCCUUGGCUGAGGACACCCAACGGGCUCUGAAGGAAGCCACCACCUUUGGGGGCCACCGCCUCGGGGUGACACUGGCACGGCAGCGACCCCAGAAGGGCCCCAAAAAAUCUCUGGGGGGAGCCAAAGAGGGAAAAGGUGACUCCAAAGCCACCCCUGUGCCCCCUCCCAGACCCAAAAAGCCCAAAGGCCCCCCCAAAAAAGCUCGGCUCAUCAUCCGCAACCUCAGCUUCAAGUGCUCAGAGGAGGACCUAAAGAAAGUUUUCUCCCCUUUUGGUACGGUGCUGGAGGUGAACAUCCCCAGAAAAGCAGAUGGGAAGCUGAAGGGAUUUGCCUUUGUCCAGCUCAGGACCAUUCUGGAAGCAGCCAAAGCACUAAGAGGGGUCAACAUGAAAGAGGUUAAAGGUCGUCCAGUUGCUGUGGACUGGGCAGUGGCCAAGGACAAGUACAGAGCAACACAGGGAAACCAGCAUAAGGGGAGCGAAGAGGAAGAAAAUGAAGAGAAAGAAGAGGAAAAGGAGGAAGAAGAGGAGGUAGAAGAGGAACAGGAAGAGGAGGAGGAGGAAGAUGAAAUGGAACUGGAUGAGGAAGGAAGCAGUGAGGAGGAAGAAGAAGACGAAGAGGAAGAUGAAGAAGAUGAAGAUGAUGAAGAAGAUGAAGAGGAAGGAAGAAAAGGGGGGGUCACCCCUAAGAAGCCACCCCCGAAGCGCCCUCCCUGCGCUUCCGACGUCAGCGAGGGCAGGACCGUGUUCGUCCGCAACCUCUCAUUUGACACUGAAGAGGAAGCCCUGGGGGAGCUCUUAGAGCAGUUUGGGGAGCUCCAGUACGUCCGAGUCGUGCUGCACCCCGACACUGAGCAAUCCAAAGGCUGUGCUUUUGCUCAAUUUAAGACACAAGAAGCUGCCCAAAAAUGUCUCCAAGCUGCUCAGGAAGAGAGCGAGCUGGGGGGGCUGCGGCUGGAGGGUCGCCAGCUCCGCAUCGAUGUGGCGGUCAGCAGGGACCAGGCUCAGAAGCUUCGAGGCUCCAAACCCAAGAAGCCCUCAGGAACCCGAAACCUUUACCUGGCUCGGGAGGGCUUGAUCCGUGCCGGCACCAAGGCGGCGGAAGGAGUCAGCGAGGCCGACAUGGCCAAGAGAGCGCGGUUCGAGGAGUUGAAGCACCAGAAGCUGAAGGAUCAAAACAUCUUCGUCUCCCCUACUCGGCUCUGCGUCCACAACCUCCCCAAAGCUGUCGACAGCUCCAAGCUCAGAAGGCUUCUCCUGAGGCUGUUCCAGGGAGGUCCAGCUCCGUGGAUCAAAGAGUGCAGGGUGAUGAGGGAGGAGCGAGGCAGAGGGCAGUCUUUGGGCUAUGCCUUUGUGGAGCUCGGGGACCACCAACAGGCUCUGGCUGCCCUCCGGGGCCUCAACAACAACCCCCAGAUUUUUGGGCCCCAAAAGAGGCCCAUCGUGGAGUUCUCGCUGGAGGACAGGAGGAAGCUGAAGCUGAAGGAGCAGCGAACCCAGCGCAGCCUGCUGAAGCUCCAACAGAAGCCACCAGAGCAGGACCCAAAGCCCCCAGAGCAGAAGCUGGACUCCAGCCCCCCCCAGGGGAAGAAGAACCCCCUCUUUAAGGGGACGAAGAGGGGCAAGAAACCCCCCCCCCCCCCCCCAGUGCCCCCAGCUGGGGCUGCCUCCUGGGCUGGCUUCCGUACGGAGCUGGGGGGGCAGCCCCGGGAUGGAGCCCCCAGGACCAAGGUGCUGGCACUGCCCUCGCAUCGGGGACCCAAAAUCAGGAAACGUGACAAGGGGCAGCUGAAGCCCCCCCCCAAGAAACAGCCCAAGGCCAAAACUCGGCGGAGGAAGGAGAAGCAAACAGGGACCCCCCCACAGGCCAAACGGCACCGAGGAGGCCCCAAGGGGGGGUCUGAAGCUCGAUUUAAUGACCUGGUGGAACGGUACAAGAGGAAGAUUUUGGGGGGGGACACCCCCACACCCAAAAGAAGCAAAUGGUUUGACACCUGAGACCCUUCCCCGAAAGUCUGACUUC